AGAAAGCGUAUUAAUUUCGCAAUAUGUUGAAGUUCGUGAUCUUGUUGUCGGCUGUUGCCUGCGCCCUGGGAGGCACCAUCCCAGAGGGUCUCCUGCCCCAGCUGGAUGGCCGCAUUGUUGGAGGCACCGCCACCACCAUCGGCAGCUUCCCCUGGCAGAUCUCCCUGCAGCGCAGUGGUUCCCACUCCUGCGGAGGCUCGAUCUACUCCUCCAACAUCAUUGUGACCGCCGCUCACUGUCUGCAGUCCGUGUCUGCCUCCUCCCUGCAGGUCCGUGCCGGUUCCACCUACUGGAGCUCCGGCGGCACCGUCGCCAGGGUUGCCUCUUUCAGGAACCACGAGGGAUACAAUGCUAACACCAUGGUCAACGACAUCGCCGUCAUCAGGUUGAGCUCUUCCCUGGGCUUCAGCUCCAACGUCAAGGCUAUCGGUCUGGCCGGCUCUGCUCCCGCUAACGGCGCUGCUGCUUCCGUCUCCGGCUGGGGCACCCAGUCCUCCGGCUCCAGCUCCAUCCCCUCCCAGCUGCAGUACGUGAACGUCUACAUUGUCGGCCGCACCCAGUGCGCUUCCUCCAGCUACAGCUAUGGUUCCCAGAUCAAGGCCUCCAUGAUCUGCGCUGCUGCCAGCGGCAAGGAUGCCUGCCAGGGAGAUUCCGGUGGCCCAUUGGUCUCCGGUGGUGUCCUCGUUGGUGUUGUGUCCUGGGGCUAUGGCUGCGCCCAGUCCAACUACCCCGGAGUCUACGCCGAUGUUGCUGCUCUCCGCUCCUGGGUGAUCAACAACGCCAACUCGAUCUAAAGACUUUGCGAAAUUAAACAAUAUUAGAGCACA